AUGUCGCACACCGCUGCUGCUGUGGACGACGGUCAGCAGCCCUAUUUCUCUGCUCACGACACUGCAGAAAUGGACAGUUCCGCCUCCGAGAUCAUGGCGCCGCCAUCCUUGUCCAACAGUGGCGCCAACACGCCCGCACAUCUCAGCAGGCACAACUCGAUGAAGCUUAGCCUGCGCAACCUUGGUUCGACUCGCUCUCGCAGCACCUCUGUCGUUGACGGAGGUCUCUCCAUGACGCGCUACACACAGUCCGCAGAGUUGCCUGCGAUGCCACUUUCACCUGCCAUCUUGUCGACUCCCAAGGCUCAAGAUGCCACGGUCCGCAUGAUGCUGGCUCACAUGUACCGAACCGGUUUGCGUGAGGAGUGGCUCCACGAUACCGACACGGACGACGUACAGGAGGGUGUCUUCAUGCUGUGCGGUACGGCACGCCACGGAAUCUAUGCGCAUCCAGUCGAUGCCGAGCCAGAGACCGAGUGGGUCAAAGAGCUGCUGGUAUCCCUGCGGGCCUCUUGCGCCGUCGUUACCAAGCCUGUCAGCACGGACGAACUGCUCAAGCAUGUGCCUCUCCAUAGGACCAUCACGCUCGAGACUGGCGAAGAGAUUCCCAUCUUGGAUGACUUGUCGCAGGCUUCGAUGCUUGCGCCUACUUCUGGCUGCUUGCUGGUUCGAUCGACGGGAAUGGCUGUGUCGUACGGCAGCGCGAUGGACGUCUUGCACAUGGCACGUCAAUUCGACGCUGCUCUUGUCAGUGCCCUGUUCGCGUACACGGUGCAUGGUCUGCCCUCCUCGAUUCAGCUGGCAGCGACCGUUGCUCAACAGCAACAACACGACGCCGACAACGAGGCUCAAGCCAUCAUGCACCAACAGCCCGAUGCGCAGCAACGAGAAUGGCUCUCCAUGCUACCGCCCAGCGACAACGCUGACAAGGAAGCUGGAGGCGACAAGUCAACAGCCGCGGACGGUGACCAAGAUGCCGCUGUCGAGAAGAAGGUUGCCCCCGUCGUUCUCUUCGAUCAAGAAACGGGCGAGACAGUGCUGGAGCCGGAACGUAGCUCGACCCACGUCGCUGCUCUGCUCACCGGCCUUGGCGUCGCAAUCAACAUGGUGAUCAUGUCUCUUUUUGCCCGCGACGUGGUAGUCAACACGCUCGCGGAUAGCAACUACAUGAGAGCCGUUCUCCUCGUCGCCAUUGUGCCGCGUUUUCUAGUCGCUCAGUACUUUUGCGAUCACAUCAUCUUGAUCCUGGCCCAACUCAUCUUCCCAGUUUCGCAGAUGCAUCGCAACUCGCUCUACUAUUCCGGUUCGCCUAGUGCACCGCUUAACAAGGAUCACAAGCUGCCCCACUUCACCGUCCACAUGCCAUGCUACAAGGAAGGUCUGCAAACCGUGCUCGCCCCAAGUCUCAAGAGCGUCUUGGCUGCUGUGCACGCCUACCGGGCUCAGGGCGGCACUGCCAACGUCGUUAUUUCGGAGGACGGUCUUCGUCUGCUUAGCAAACAGGAGGCUGAAGAACGCGUCCGAUUCUACAACGCUAUGGGCUGCUCCUGGGUGGCACGACCCGCGGACGGCGAGAAUGGUUACAAGCGUCUCGGUCGUUUCAAGAAGGCGUCUAAUCUUAACUUUACCUACACACUGUCUCUGCGUCUCGAGCAAGUCAUCGACGAGCUGACCGCAACACGACAACAGCAACGCCUUGCCGGUCAGAUCAGCGAGAACCAAGCCCAAGACGGUACCGAGGCUGAGGACGAGGCUAUCUACGCCGAGGCUUUGCAACGCGUUCUGGACGAGUCCAACGGUCGCGCCUGGGCUACGGGAAACAUUCGCAUGGGAGAUUACAUCCUGCUGAUCGACUCGGACACGCGUGUUCCAGAGGACUGCCUCAUGCAGGCAGCUGCCGAGCUCGAGCGCUCGCCCGAUGUGGGUGCACUGCAGCACUGCUCUGGCAUCACCUACGUACAGCAUCAUUAUUUCGAACGCCUGCUUGGCUACUUUGUCGGUGUCUUUACCAACUUUAGCAUCUCGUGGGUCUGCUCCAACGGCGCCAUGGCUCCUCUGAUGGGUCACAACGUCUUUUUGCGAUGGACUGCAUUGCAGCAGGUGGCCGACAAGAAGCUUCUGGAGGAGGAACGCCAAAUCUUCUCGUCGCAGCAUGUGUCCGAGGACUACGAGCUGGCCAUGCGACUGCAGAUGGCUGGCUACUGUGUGCGAUGGGCAACGUACUCCAACCAGGCCUUCCGCGAGGGUGUCUCGCUCAACCCCACCGACGAAAAGGCACGUUGGCAAAAGUAUGCCUUUGGUGCUUGCGAAAUCCUCUUUAACCCCUUUGUGCGCUGGUACAAGGGACCGUUCACGUCGCUGUUUUGGCGCUUCAUGUGGUCGCGCAACGUGCGCACGGCUGGCAAGCUGAGCAUGUUGUCCUACCUUUUCUCCUACUUUGCCAUCGGCGUGUCUCUUCCGCUCACCGUGCUCAUGGCCGUGGUUCAAGGCCUGUUCUGGCCCACACUCGACACGUCAUUCAAGCCCGUCUUCGACACAUGGAUCUCGGUGAUAGUGGUGUUCAACUUGGCUGGUGCCCUCGGCUUGGUGACAGUGCGCGCUCGUGCUGGCCACAGCACAUUGCUGCAGUCUCUGUGGGAGGGAAUGAGGCAUUUGCCGGCUAUCGUCGUCUUUUUCUCUGGCAUCACCUACCAUGUUGCAGCUUCCAUCUUGGCCUACUUCUUCUCGGUUCGCAUGACCUGGCAAGCGACCAGCAAGGAUUUCCAGCAGACGUCGAUUCAGCAAGUUAUCCGUCGCUUCUGGCACUGCUACUUGACUAUGAUGCUGCUCUUGGUGCUCAGCGUUGUGGCGGUCAGUCCUUUGGUGCCGAUGGAGUGGCGUAUUGGUACAUUCACGAUUCUCUUCCCGCUCUUCCUGGCCAUCGUGAUGCACUUCCUCUUCCCCAUCCUGCUGGACCCCGGUAUCCUGCACAAGUUCCUUCCCCGAUAUUACGCUUCCAAGGCCAAGGCAGUCGAGCCAUCUCGCGCCUUCUUCUACGGCGCCAACGCCGAGAACGCCAAAGAGGGUCAGUUCCGCAUGACGUUUGACGACGAGAAGGCCGGCAUGCACGCCAAGUCGCCAAGUUCGUCGUUCACCGCCUCUUCGCCAUCGUUCGACUCGUUCACCGGCGGCUUUCACUCGCCCAACGGCAGUGCGAAGUACAUCAACUCGCUGCCUUACUCACCUACCUCGUCUGUUCACCACCAUCAUCACCGAGGCAGCAGCAUUGGCAUGCCCACCUCGCCCCCGGCAUCCAUGCACAGCAUGAGCGCUCGAUACGGCCUUCCUGAUACCAUGCAGCGCAUGCCUUCGUACUUCCAUUCGCGACCUGGCUGGCAGAAUUCGCGCCCUGAACAUGCUCCACGUGUGGCAUCGAGCGUUGCGACGUCUUCCUCUUUCCACUGA